AAGUGAAUCUCGCGAUAAGUGAAUAAAACUGACGCUCUCCAUGUUCCAUGUGAUUGGCUGUUCGCUGCACGUGUCACUUUCGCUUCAGACUUGCAAACUGAGAGCUGACAGAGAAAGUUGAACCUGAUCUAAACCAGGCCUCUGAUAUAUGGAUAUGGUUUUCUGAACGCACAUAUCCGAAGCACGCGCACAGAAAGCUGGAUGUCAGACGGCGCGUCCAGUAACGUGAGUGGACUGGACUGUUCUCCAUGGACCAAAGUCCAUUUCAUACCUCACGGAGAGUAGAUACCAGCAAAAAUAAACUACAACAGCAAAGUUUUAAAUCUCUCCGCUGCAGAAAAGAGGCUAAAGAUGAACUGAGUCAACGAGUGCAGUACAAAAAUGACUGUUGCAGUGGCAUUUUCAUACAAUCAACUAUUUUAUACUGAGAAGAAAUGGCAGAUUUUCCCGGUAAGGUCAGCACUCAGACCAGCUCACAAGAACCUCAAAGAAGUUUUGGAAUCCCAUCUAGUGUUGACAUGAACUUCAUCAAGAGCAUUCCUGGUAUUCUACUUUUGGCUGAGAUUGUUGUUGGAUUACUGGUGUGGGCUCUUAUCGCCAGUACCUCACACUCCUCGGAAGCUGUUUAUGGCUGGGUCCUGUUUGUCAGCGUGACGCUGUGGCUUUUGAGCAUCGCCCUGUUGGUUGUGCUGUUGCUGAGGUUUCAUCAGAGUCUACCCUCAAUACCCUGGCCUUUGGUGCUCAUGGUGUUUUACUCAGUCGCAGCUGUUCUAUACAUAACCGCCUUUUUGGCUAAUGCUGCAUCUGUUCGCUAUGGAUUUUACCAUGGUCAUCUGGGAACUUCUGCAUUCUUUGCCAUAGUGGUGACCCUGUUAUAUGCAGCUAGCAGCUACUUUGCCUAUUUGGGUUGGAGGGGUGAAGGGCAAAACGCAGCGGGGAGUACGGUGCCUGUAUAGACCAUCCUGUGAUCUACACUGUCAUUAACUAUGUGAGGACACUUCCAAGAGGAUAUUAUUUGGUAUUGCUGAAAAUCCUCUUCGGGAACGUCCAACAACCCAUCUGUAUAACGGUGCCCAGCAUAAUUGCUAGAAGGUUUAUAACAUGGGCAUUGUGUGUACUGAGAGUCACCAGCCUGCACAUGCAGCAGGUUUAGGGUCAGUAAGAUUUUUUUUUUUUUUAAAGAAAUUAUUACACUGAGGUAUUGAUUAAAAGUGACUACAUUUAUAAUGUUACAAAAAUUCCAUUUCAAAUAAAUGCUGUUGAAUUUUCAGUUCAUCAAAAAAACUUGAAAAAUUGGGCAUUACAAUGAAAAAAAAAAAAAAACAUUGCCAUCCCAGGAAUACAUCCUAUUUUAAAAUUAAAAUAGAAAAGUUGUUUUACAUUUUUUUUCCUCAAUAUUAUUGUUUUUAUUGCAUUUUUUUUUAUCAUAUGCAUCCUUAGUGAGCAUGAGACUCCUUCAAAAACAUAAAAUCUUACCAACCCCAAUCUUUUGAAUGAUAGUGUACUAUUUUUGUAAGAUACACAAACUGACUUGAGCAAGUAUGUAUUUAAGUGGUGAGGUUCUUGCAUUAUUGUACAGUUAUGCUUAAGAACGUAAUUGAUUCAUUGUUUUGAGCAUAAAAAUGUUUUGAUAAAACAUGAUUAAAGAACAGUUGUAUUUAUUUCUUCCAUACACAGGCUCAAAUAUGUCUAUAUAUACAAAUAAUAAACAAAUAUACACAAUUAUGCAACAUUCAUCUAGUAAGAACAACACAUUCUAUAUAAAGAAGGGGGUAAAAAGGCUGAAUUUUGUACUGUAUACAUCAACAAAACAUAUCAGUUUGAACAUAUGGGAGCAAUCCAUGAGCAACAUGGACUCAACAUCACAAUAAAAAACAUGAAAAAACUGUAUGAGAUUAUUUGCAUUGUUUCUGGUAAUUGUAUAAACAUAUUUUUGAAUGUAAUAUUUCACAUGGGGAAACUUUAAACCUUGUGAAUGGUUAAAAAGGGUCUUUCAGAAUUGUCAUAUCAGGCACAUUGUAUAAUACUUUUUUUUUUUUUUUUUUAAAUGAAAAGCCCUUUUUGAUUGUCAAGUGAAAGGAAUUAUUUUGGUAUCUAAUGAUAUGGGGUUCUUGUGUAAAAAUAUGCAAUAAAGUGGCAGCUUUGAGA